GUAAGGUGCCUUUUGUGGAGCUGCCCUUAUGUUGCCUGUACAAAUAAGCAACAUGUCUGUGGCAACAGAUUCCGAAACUUUGUCUCCUAUUUUGUAGUAAGCCAUCCGGCAAGUACUAAACAAACCCAAGCCAAAGAAGUUCAAGCAGUGAGGCUCUGCGGUUCGGUUCAUCUUCCUUUCGCUUUUUUGCCUUCCACUUCUCUCUGCACUAGGGGACCUGCGAACAGUCAGGCAGCAUCCAGGGAGACUCCCUUCCUCUCUGGGCAAGAUGGCAGCGGAUGAAGCUAUUCUGACUCUGCGGCAGCCUCAUCUUUCCCGUCAGAAUCUCACCAACUUGGAUGCUACCAAGUUGACUCCACUCUCAAAGGAAGCUAUCAGCAGACAAGCCACAAUUAACAUAGGUACAAUUGGCCAUAUUGCUCAUGGAAAAUCUACAGUUGUCAAAUCUAUUUCUGGAGUUCACACUGUCAGAUUUAAAAAUGAAUUGGAAAGAAAUAUUACAAUCAAACUUGGGUACACUAAUGCCAAGGUACAGUGGCAGAAGGAGCUCCCAUUAUUCCAAUUUCCGCUCAGUUGAAAUACAAUAUUGAAAUAAAAAAAAAUUAUCUUUAUUGUUGAAGUAUUAUAGAAGUCCUCCCAUUUUCCCCCCAUUAACACCCUCCGUCCUUCUCCUACUUUCUCCAUAUGCCAUUACAGUACUAUUUCCAUAGGUAAUGAAUAUAGGCAUCUAAGUUCUUUUGUUAAUCUCUUCCCACUGCCCCCAUCUAUUCCAUUUGAGAUUCAUAAGGCUGUUCAAUGCUUCCAUGUUUCUAGAUCUAUCUUGUUGGUGAGUUUAUUUUGUUCAUAUAACUGAUAUCAUGUCUUUCACUGACUGACUUAUUUCAUUAGCAUAAUACUAUCGAAAUCCCUCCAGCUGACUCAAAAGGUAAAAGAUUCUUCUAUUUUACAGCUGUAUAAAAUUCCAUUUUGUAAAUGAACCACAACAUUUUAAUCCACUAAUCUGCUGAUGGGCACUUGGGCUAU